GCCCCGCGCAGACCGCAGAGGUAGGCGCCGCCGUCCCGCCGCCUCCACGCCCGGCCCCCGGCGCGGCGAUGGGCGCGGCCGCCCGCCCUGGCCCUGGCCCUUGCCCUGCCCCCCGUCCCUCCAGGUCCUUUCCAGCCCGGCGAACCCGCGAGAGACCCGAGGACCGCGGGCAUCCCGCCGCCAGACGCGGGCUUGGCGCUUCUCCGCGGUCGGAGACUGGUGAGCUCCUCAUGUAUGAGUCUCUGAAUAUGUGCUAAUGUUGGAGUUGAAUGCCUGCUCCAUGGCAGAACCUAGUAUCAUGGUUUAAUUGCCUUCCUUUCCUUCUGGACCCGCGUGAGUACUUGGAGCAGUGACUGCCAUCUGGUGGCAAGCCAGAAUCAUCACUUCGUGUGAUCUAAUGGUUACAAAGAUGCCCGCUCUUGACUCCUGUGGUAUGCACUGCCAACGGGACACACGGAGAGCCUGGAGGGUGUCUGAUGAAGGAUCCUGGUGAAAUAACCCUUCACUUCCACCUGAACCAGUUGUUCAUCCCAGAUUCUGAGCCAAGAACCAGCUCCAAAAUGGUGCCUCUGAAGAAAAGAUUUGAAUUGUUCUUGUGUUUUAGUCUAAGAUCUGCUGGCUAACAACCAGCAGGUAAUCAAGACUGUGAAUAAGUACAUACAAAAAGGGGCACGUGAUGACAUGGAGCCUGAAAUAAACUGUUCUGAAUUGUGUGACAGUAUUCCUGGCCAGGAGCUGGAUCGGAGUCCUCUUCAUGAUCUCUGCAGGACAAUUACCUCUUCCCACUAUAGCAGUAAGACCAUUUCUUCAUUAUCUCCUGUCCUCUUGGGUAUUGUUUGGACCUUUCUCAGCUGUGGACUUCUUCUGAUAGUCUUCUUUCUUGGCUUCACAAUUCGCUGCAGGAAUAACAGGAUUGUGAAGAUGUCCAGUCCCAAUCUGAAUAUUGUGACCUUACUUGGCAGUUGUCUGACUUACAGUAGUGUUUACCUCUUUGGGAUUCAAGAUCGAGAUGCUUUAGUGGGAGGCUCAAUGGAAACUCUCAUUCAGAUAAGACUAUCCAUGCUGUGCAUUGGGACCUCCCUUGUAUUUGGCCCUAUUCUGGGGAAGAGCUGGCGACUCUACAAGGUGUUUACCCAGAGGGUCCCGGACAAAAGAGUGAUAAUCAAAGACCUGCAGCUACUGGGGUUAGUGGCAGCCCUGGUGAUAGCUGAUGUGAUCCUGCUUGUGACGUGGGUGCUGACUGAUCCCAUCCAGUGCCUCCAGAUUCUCGGUGUCAGUAUGACGGUGACAGGGAGAGACGUGUCCUGCUCUCUGACCAGCUCACACUUCUGUGCUUCCCGGUACUCUGAUGUCUGGAUUGCUCUUGUUUUGGUGUGCAAGGGCCUGCUGCUGCUCUACGGUGCCUACCUGGCUGGCCUGACUGACCACGUCAGCUCUCCUCCUGUGAAUCAGUCUCUAACCAUCAUGGUUGGGGUCAACCUCGCAGUAGUGGCUGCUGGGCUUCUCUUCGUGGUCACUAGAUACUUACACUCCUGGCCCAACCUGGUCUUUGGACUCACAUCUGGAGGUAUCUUUGUUUGCACAACCACGAUCAACUGCUUCAUCUUCAUUCCCCAGCUGAAGCAGUGGAAGGCAUUUGAAGAGGAAAACCAAACAAUCAGACGCAUGGCCAAAUAUUUCAGCACUCCCAGCAAAGGCUUCCAUACCCAGUAUGGUGAGGAGCAGAACUGCCAUGCCGGAGGAGAGAGAAACUCCAUGGACAGACUCCUCACAGAAAAAAAUGCUAUGAUUGAAAGCCUGCAGGAACAAGUAAACAACGCCAAAGAGAAGCUAGUGAGGCUGAUGUCAGCUGAGUGCACCCUCGACCCCGCAGAGUGGGCUGUCCCUCCUGCCUCCUCCCACAGCAAGAACACCCUGGUUGCAACCUCUGCCCAUAGCCUGGUAGGUCAGGGACCUUCAGAAUGCCUCUCUGACUCUCAGAAUGAUACCAGUGUGGUUGCCCAGGAAUUCCAGAGCACAAGUGUACAAAGCCUGGAGCGGACUGUGAAGGACACCAGCUCCUCCCCAGGGCAGAAGGAGAAAACGUCUAACUUGAAAGACGUUUCUGAUCAUUUAAAUUUGGGCUGCAGCCAGAAGCCACGGCCUGAGCAAAGCCAAGGAGCAGAAAGACAAGACCAAGUACUCAUGAACGCCCCCCAGAAUCUCAUGCCAGGGGGAGAAGGCCCCGCUCCCCAGAGACAGGGGCAGCUGGAGAAGUCAGAGGAACCCCGAAAGCGGCUGUCAAGGGUCAAUUCAGUGAUCAGGGAGAAGCUUCAGGAAGUCUUACAAGAUCUGGGCCUGGGCCCUGAGCCUCCCCUCCCCUCUUCCCUGUCCUAUCCACAGCAGCCCUGGAAGAGCAGUGCUGCCCACAGCUUCCAGAAGAUUCCCCUCACCAAGGAGCUCGGCUUUAGCCCAUACAUGGUGAGGAGAAGGCGGGCCGCACUGCAGGCUCGCUCACAUUUUCCAGGCUCUAUACCUUCAUAUGUGGGGCAUCGUGCAAAUAGGACUGUUUCUGGGGCAUACAGUGGGCGGCUAAAUGUGCGCAGUAGGGACAGUGUCUGCCUGGAUCCCCAAACGGCUGAUUCCAGAGUCCCAAAUUCCUCUUCCAGGAAGACUUCACUACUCCCAGAUCCUCAAGGCAAGCCGGACACCCUGGAGGGCAGCAAACAAAGCCACACAGAGCCCCAGGGUGCCGGAGGGAGCCAUGCAGCCUUUCCCCACCAGCCUUCUGGCUCUGACCGGGCAUCGUAUCCUGCUGCCCCACACCUAUCCAGAGCCUCACCAGACAUUCUGGAGCAGCGGCAGCUGCUGCCCCUGGGAUUCCCACGCUGUCCCUCCAUGUCCCCUCCAUGCAGCUACCUUGACACUGAGUCCAGCAGCUCAGACGAGCUCUUCUGCCGCUGCCACCGACCCUACUGUGAAAUCUGCUUCCAGAGCUCCUCUGAUUCCAGUGACAGUGGCUCAUCAGACACCGACCCUGACCCUGCUGGGGGGCUGGCUUCCUGGGAGAAGCUGUGGGCCCGCUCAAAGCCUAUCGUGAACUUCAAAGACGACUUGAAACCCACACUGGUGUGAAAAGCAGCAAAGUGAGUCUGGAUAUAGAGGUCAGUUCAGGACAAGCCUUACCAAGGCCUCUAGGUGGAAGGCCAGUUGUGGUCUUUGGGAAACAGAUCGGUCCCCUGAAUUGAUCAAGCCUUUACCAUGUUUCAGCUGUGCUCACGUGAGCACUGUGCUACCUUGAGCUCUUC